CAGUACAUGAUUCUACUGUUAAACGCUUUUGGUUAUAGUCCCGAAACGUGUCUAUCAAGACCACGGAUUACUGGAACUAUCACUGUUUUUACGAUAAGUAACUCAAAAUGUCGGAAAUUUCCAUGUCAGAAGCGCCACACUUGCAACAAAUUGAUCUGACAACUUUAAAUCUGCAACAACUUACGGUAUUGAAGCAGCAAUUGGAUCAAGAGCUAGGUGUCUUUCAGGACUCGUUGCAAACUUUGAAAGUUGCUCAAAAUAAAUUUCAAGAAUCAGGAUCGUGUCUCGAGAAGAUUUCACCGGCUGCGACGGGUAACGAAAUCCUGGUACCAUUAACUGGAUCAAUGUAUGUUGCUGGAAAGCUUGCAGACACGAGUCAUGUGCUAGUUGACAUUGGAACUGGUUAUUAUGCCGAGAAGAAUAUUGCAGAUGCAAAGGAUUACUUUGAUAGAAGAGUGGCUUAUGUUACAGAGCAAAUGGAAAAAAUUCAGCAACUGGGUCUUGACAAAAGCAAAGCCAGAGAGGCAACGGUGGACGUUAUAGAAAUGAAACUUCAAAGUCAAAUGCAGAAGCAAUGUCCAGGCAUGCCAGAAGUGUAAAUCUCAUUAAAUUAACUGAUUUUAUUCUCAGUCAUUCUUUGUUUCCAUAAAUUCGUAUUUACAUCAUUAUUGAAUUGCAUCAUUUCAUAUUUUGUUGUAAACUUCAAUAAUAAUUACUUUGCAUGUUAUGACAAAAUUAUUAAAAUUUAAUAAUAGCGACAACAUGUACUGUGUGAUAUUGUCUGGUUUACAUCAUGU